CUCACUCGGUCCAGAGCUUCAGUCAGGAGAGAGACACGAAAGGAGGAGGAUGUGCCGAGUAGCGUGACCCGCACUCCUUAGUAUCCCCCGUCCAAGGACAGAUACAGACUGUGAUGUUACUAGGUAUAUCAUCCUAUUAGUCAGUGUAACGACGGCCAAUACCAAAGAAUAUAAGAGCCAUCCUCCUUUACCCAGGCUGUGUCGACAAGUGCCAGAUAUACUAGUCCCCCGUCUGUUGGUCAGCUGAAGCAUCACGACCAAGACUUAUUACUCAAGUGUUUUAUGACGGUUCGCCCAUAUUUGCCGUCAACCUGUUGAUCUCUCAAGUGUCUCAACGAAUAUGAGAUUAGAGAUAAAAUCGGCGGCCAAUUUCUUAGUCGAUUUGGCGCGCCUUAAUAACAGCGGUUUGACAGAGAAGCAGUUGGAGAAAUUUCGUGAAAAUGUUUGUGAUAUUCUUCUCCGACACUACACCAACCACUGGUUCCCCGACAAACCGGUUAAGGGUUCUGGCUACCGCUGCAUCAGAAUCAACGGUAACCUGGAUCCACUGAUCGCCAGAGCGGGAUUCAUGAUGGGCCUGGCUGUCUCUUUCCUCAGAUCUCUCUUUCCUUCUGAGCUCACCAUGUGGGUCGAUCCAAUGGAGGUGGCCUACCGGAUCGGCGAGAACGGGUCUAUCUGUGUCCUGUACGAAGAAGUACCCAACAAGUGCUCUUCCCCACCUCCCACCGAGACCAAGUCCCCGGCGAAGGCACUGCCCCAGCCUGCGACUACACCUCCACCUGCCCUGCCUGCAUAUCAUCUCCAACAAGUCACGCAUCCCCACCAUCACCACCACCAUCAUCACCAUCACUUCUCGCCGUCCAAGUCCGUCGUGGUGUCCAGCCCCCUCCACCAUUCCCCGCCCUUGUCUCCUGUGACGACCCAACAGCAACAUCAGCAGCAGCAACAUGCAGCAGCGACAGCCAUGCACUUAAGCAUGUUCAUCAUUGGAAAGGAUGGUGCUAACCUGGUCAAGUGCAAGGAAUCUCUUCGGGGAGGGCUGGACGCGCGGUCUCUACAGAUGGACCGGCUCUUCGUGUCAAGUUGAGCCCCACUCCGUGACAACUCUUGUGAUCUCAACCACGCCAACAGUUGAAAGUACAAUCAGGGACCAACAAGUGAUCAGAAUACCACCCGCCUCCAUGAAGGUUCGGUUGUUUGACCAGCGUCUGAACGACCGACGUCGCCCUCAAUCACAACGGGAAAAAUUCUAAGAUUAUUUGUAAACAUUAAUAUUUAUGUAUAUAAUGAGCUAUAUUAUAUAAUAUAAUAUACCUAUUAAGUGUUGUGGGUGUUUGGUCGUGUAGACGCGAGUGGGACAACGUUAUCCAUCAUGGGAUGAAGAUCACUGCUGCUCUGAUGCUGGCCAUUGCAUGCCUCCUCGUACUUACCUAACCCUUAAGCACAUAGCUGUGGUUCUACUAGCCCGGGCACGAACCACCCUUUGGGACCAGGAAUCGCAUCGGUUCCGUCUAUUCCAAGUCCCCUGGUGUGGUUCAGGGCUUGUGUACCUUUUGCGACCAUGGCGAGCUGGGGGGUUAAAGCAGCCUGUCUUUCUCUAACAAGUGGACGAGUGGAGGGCAGCGGAUGGCUCUAGCAGCCGUUCGUCUAGGCUGCCGUGGUAGUUAAGUUGUGAUAUAACAACCGCGGCUGCCUGGCUCUGGCACAGCCAAGAUAUCCCAGUUCACCCUAUGACUGAAAAAUGUAACUUUUUCAGAUGGUACAAAGUCAAAGUUUUUAAAGUGUCUGUGAUUUAAUUCGGUCGCAGUAUUUUAUUUUCAUUUUAUGAAAAAUGUUCUAGCUCAGUUCGUCAAUGUUUAGCUUUAGCGACAUUUUUUUUGCUUUAAGCAAUUCAUGGGUAGUGAUACAAUUGUGUACAUUUUUCCUUGUUGGUGCAUGCUUAUCUUGUAAUAUAUGCCUGUAAAAAAAAGCUAUUUUGUUCCACAAAACGUCUAAUUUUACUAGAAAAUCGUUUUGUACAGUAUAAAUAAAAUGUCCAAUGCAUUCAA